UAUUUCUUGCUCCUUGCAAGAAAUAAAUCUCUUGUUAUUGUUAUAUUAUAUACAUCUCCCUCUCUGCUUGACUCCUCUCUGCUUAACUCUUAUCCAUAUUGCUAUUUGGCAAGUUAGAGCUUCUCCUCAUCCAUGGCGUUCAUCAAACUAAAUCUCAACGUAGACGUCAACAGUUGCCUGAACGGGCUGUGGGCAUCACUGCGACUGGGCAGGCCAAAAUCUGGCAUCAAGAAAUUGGAAAAGGAAAUGGCAAGAUUGAAAGGCAAACGGGACGGCAUCAAGAACCAGAUCGGCGAGGCGGAGCGUGAGGGGAAGGUUUCGACUAACGAAGUGAACCAGUGGCUACGGGAGGUGGAGGAAUUGGAAGGCCAAGUGGCUGAUAUCAACCAGGAUUUCCAAAGCAUGAGUUGCUUCAGUUGCAAUUGCUUCAAUCAAAAUGGCGGCACGUUGAGUCAAACACAGCAAGCAGGAGAUCAUGUCCCUAUCAGAGAGUCAUCAUCAAACUGCUGCUCCAUCAAUCGAAGAGUUGUAAAGAAGCUCAGCGAGGCUAAUGAAUUGAUGAGCCGAACUGGUGCACUAGAUCCGAUUGUCACAGUUGGGCCUCCGGAACCCGUCGUGAUGUUUCCCAUCUCACACCGACCACCUAUUGGGAUGGAUUCGUACGUGCAAGACAUUGUGGGCUACAUCGAUGGUGGAGAAGGCAACAUCAUAGGCAUCUAUGGAAUGGGUGGUGUUGGUAAGACCACCAUAUUGAAGAGCAUUCAGCGACACUAUUGUUAAGUUUUAAUUUAAAAUAUUCUCAUUAUUUUUA